AUGCGGUGCAACAUCAGAAAAUUAUUCACUUUGGCGUUUUUUGUAUUUGCAACGACCUUGGUGAUUUUGUCAUUGCCAAAGGAUAAUUUCGGACGUGAGUUUCUUCAGCCUAUCUAAUUUCCAAUUAAAAUUCGUAAUUCAAUUAAAAACAUAUUCAAUAAACACUACCGUAUUCUUCUAUACGCGCCACUUUUUUUUCAAUACGAACGAAUUAUGUGUCAUAAAGACAUUUUUCCUUUUUCUAUUCAUUCCAUUACGAGAAAAAAAUCUGAUUCAUGCAAACAAAAAGAAGAAAUUCUGAAAAAAAAAACAUUUCUUUCAAUUUUAGGAGAAUGGGAACAAACACCACAAUCGAGAGAAGCAAAAACUUCGGAAAAUGAAAGGAUAUCACAAAAUCCACACGGUCAACAACAGUUACCAAAACAACCGAUUCCACCAAGUUUAGAUCGAUCAGCAUUCAAAGAUCCAUUUGGUAAUUUUUUCUCUUAUGAAAUUGGGACUUUUUGAAUUUCGGGAUCUAUGUUUGAGAAAUGUUGCUAUGAAAACAACUCAAAAAAUAUAAAUAAAUAUAAAUUUUUCAGACUUCGAAGUUGCUUCAAAUCGAAUAUUAUUGAAACAACUGUAUAGUUUGACGAAAAACCAAGAUUUGGAUGCGAAAUUGAAAAACGAGUGUCGACAAAAUGUGACACUUUCUGAUUUUUGGCAAUCGACUGAAAAGUGAGUUUUGUUUGUUUGUAACUUAAAACCUUUUUUGGGGAGGGGGAUAUGGCAUAGAAGUAUUAACUUGCACAGGGUUCAAAAAACAUGAAAAUUUCCGGAAUGAAUGAAUUUUGAAAUAAUGGAAAUUAGUUUCGAACAUAUGUGUUUUUGAUUUGAAGCUUGUCGGAACUUCUAAAAGUCUCGCAUUUUUUCAACAAAAACAGUCUCAUUAUCUCUAAUAUUUCAGACGAACAGUUCCUGAAAACGACAGUUGGGAGAAAUUCUAUUCAAACAUCGGAAGUUGUUCAAUGUAUUCAGAUGAUCAAGUGAUUGACAAAUUAUUGGAAGAUCUGAACAAAAUGCCAAUAAAACAUGUGCAUAUUAUGGAUGGUGGAACGCAAGUCAAGUUUGUCUUCACAUUUGAAAAUGAAAAACAAGCCGUUUUCAAACCAAUGAGAUUUGGAAGAGAUUAUGAAUCGGAUCCAAAUCAUUUCUAUUUCAGUGAUUUUGAAAGACAUCAAGCUGAAAUCGCCACUUUUCAUCUCGAUAGAGUUUUAGGAUUUCGAAGAGCUGUUCCAACUGUUGGAAGAAUUCUUAAUAUGACAACAGAACUUUUCGAUAAAGCUGAGAAAAAGUUGAAGAAAACAUUUUUCUAUUCGCCAGCCAAGAAUUUUUGUUUUGUUUCAAGAUGUGAUUAUUAUUGUGAUACAACACAUGCAAUUUGCGGGUAUCCUGAUUUGAAAGAGGGAAGUGUUCAAGUAUUUUUACCCGACGAAUCAGCAGUUCCAAGGAAACAUAAUCGUAGUCCAUAUCGUAGAACAUACUCGAAGAAAAAUCAAUUAGCUGAAUGGCAAACUGAUAUGAAUUAUUGUAAGGAAAAGGUGAAGACCAAGAAAUUAUAUUCCCAUGGAAGACGAUUAUUAGAUCUUGUUGAUUUGCAUAUCCUUGAUUAUUUGAUAGGAAAUCAAGAUCGACAUCAUUUUGAAUCAUUCGAUGUUUUCACAAGUCUACCAUCUUAUGCAAUUCAUUUAGAUCAUGGAAGAGCGUAUGUUUUUUUUGUCGUAUAAAUUAAAAGUGAAUUUUUGUUUUUUAUAGAUUUGGUAGAUCGGAUUGGGAUGAUGAUGAUAUUUUAUUACCAUUGAGGCAGUGUUGUGUAAUUCGACCAUCGACUUAUAAAACACUAAUUCAAUUUUAUAGCAAUCCAAAAUCGUUGUCGAAAACGCUUCAUGAGUGAGUUUGAAUUAUUUGAAUUUUGAUAACUAGGUUUCUCCUGUAAUUUUAAUCACAAAGAUUUUUUUAAACCGGAAUAUCCAAAAAGUACGGAAACAUUUUCGGCAGCGGGCUUGAUGAAUCAUAUCAACAAUUUCAGCACUUUUCUCUGUAUCCCGAAUAAAAUAAUUUCAGGAAAACACUUGCUUCCAAUUAAAAUUGUUCUAGAAAACAUCCGAAGCACUUUUAAGAUUCCAUGAAAAGAUUAUUUGUCAUUCCCCAAGGACCAAUGAGGAACCUCAAUCAAAUAUAUUUUUCAUUGCAGAUCAAUGUCAAAAGAUCCAGCACAUCCAAUUCUUGCCUACAAACACUAUCCAGCAAUUGAAAGGAGGCUUGGAAAAUGUUGGUUUUUUGUUGUUUUUUUUUACGUUUCAAAUAAUAUUAUAUUGAUUUUUCAGUAAUGUCAUAUCUUGCUGAUUGUUUUGAGAAAACACCAGCUGAUCAAGUUCUCAUCACUGAAUAUCACAAUCCAGAUAUUCCUGAAGACAAUCAAGAUGAAGAAGAGCCAAGUGAAGAGCAAGAAAAGAAAAAGGCAUAA